CUCAACCAAAGUCCACAGAGGCUCUUACUGUGCAAAGCUCCUGGUUCUGACCCGUCGUGGUGAGGAAGAGCUGCCACUGAUCCACUUUGCUCCUUUGGUGCAGGUUAAAUAAGGAUUACAACUAAACUCAGACGUCAAAACAUCAUACGCUGGUGAAAGAAGGACUUCAGGUGACAUCUCACAGCUUUUAAAGGUAAUUUAGGCCAUUUUAAUUUGUUUUCUAUGUUGAUUGAAAAGGAUAAAAUAACUGCUCGUGAAAAUGAUUAUAGAAUGUGUUAAAAGCAGACUGUAGGUGUACAUUACAUUAUGGCUUAAGACCUUAAUAGACUUAUAUUAAUUUGGUGUUAUUGAUCGUGGAACAAAGACAAAAAUGUUGUUUGAGAAAGACAUUAACAACACAAAAACAGACAAAAAAUUUACUGAACUAAAAGAAACUAACUAAACAUUAUUAUUAUCAUCGUAUUAUACAUUUUCAGUUUUGUAUUUACUGUCUGUUCUGACCCAACAUUAAUCCAUUCUGAGGCAUUUCUGUAUGUCAGUAGAUUGUUAACCAUCUGUAGUAUUUUGAAUAUUAAAUAUUUUUAUUAGCAGAUAAUAUGACACAUACUUAAGAAUGUCAAAAUCAUAUGUAUAUUUUGAUUUUAUGAUACUGUUGGUACACUGUAUUUAUGAGAACAUGCGCCUCACAGCUUUUAUUACGAUUUUCUAAUGCUGUUGGAAAUAAGAGUCUUGCACAGUUUGAUCUCUCAGCAGGUUUCACUCUGAACAAUGGAAGAUGUCAUGAACACCUCACUGUAUGGAAGCUUUAAUAACAGCAGCGCCACCUUCAGCUACUGUUAUUUAACAGUAGCUGAUCUCACUUGGUGUGUGCUGACAUACAUCAUCGUUUCUAUCGGACUUCCUCUCACCCUUGUGGCGAUUUAUUCUCUGUAUUUACUGGUGCAAGACGAUCAUGUUGCUCCGAUCUACGUCAUCAACCUUCUCAUCGCAGACCUCAUUCAGCUCUGCUGCAUGACUGUGUUGCUGGCAGCAGAUAGACAUCAGAUAGUAUCUUUGAUCUUCAGUUAUAUAUACACCUAUAUUGUGGGUGUCAGCAUUGGCUUCAUGGUCUGUGUCGCAAUGGAAAGGUAUUUGGUCAUCGCCCACCCACUGUGGUACCGCUGCAGACGUACCAUCAAGAGCUCUGUGGUGAUCAGUGUUGUCGUCUGGGUCCUUCCUAUUUUCUUCCUCUGGUUUCAGAGUGGUAUAGCUCUCUUCCUUCUUCUUCCCUUCCCAUUCUUCAUAUUCUUCCUGGUCAGGACUGUUAAAGUUCUGUUUGCUUCCGUCUCUGUACCCUCUGAUGAAAAACGACGAAUUGUGGGAACUUUGGUUCUAGUGCUGCUUAUUUACACUCUGUUGUUCCUGCCCAUUCUCAUUUCCAUGCUGGCAGAGAGAAUUCAACAUCUCUUCAGCCCAGUCUCAUUGCCUGUCCUGCUGAGUCCGCUUGCAGACUUAUUACUAUAUGUUUUCAUGAAGAAAGGGAUCAUAGACAAGUUUCUGGCCUCUGUGUGUUGUUGCAGAAUGGACAGCAACGAUAUCAGAAGAGCAGACAGUAAUGAUGUCAGCACAAUAGACAACAACGAUAUACACAGGAUGGACAGCUAUGAUAUCAGCAGAACAGAGAGCAGCGAUAUUAGCACUACAUGAGUGUGAAUGAUGACAACAUUAACACAAUCAGCUUCAUGCAGGCAGAUAAAGAUGGAGAGAGAGACAGAGAAAUAAAGGAUAGAAAUAAUAUGGUAUGAUUUCCAAUAAUAUUCUAAACUGCAGAUUAACCUGUUCAGGGACCAACAUCGUUAGCUUAGAGUUUCCUGAUUCUCUUCAUGAAAAACCAUCUUGAGAUAAAAACACAUUAGCAAGAUACAGUCAACACUAAACCAGCUGACAAAC